ACUUGGGCUUCUUGCUUCGCGUUUUGAAAGCGCGUUCUCCCACAGAGUAGCACUAGUUACGCGCUCGUGCCCGAAUACCGGCUCCAGCCGGUAUAACAGUGCCAAGCUCCGAGCGCGAGGGAGAUGAGGUACGGGACAGAUGAUGCUUACGCUAGCGAAGAGUAUACCCACGGCUAGGACAGCACACUUAAUCAUGCAUUAACCAGCGCGCAGGAAAAACCAUCGCUCUGACUGUGUCGAGACAGCGUUUGCCGUUAUGAGCUUUUUCAGAUACAGGAACAAGCUGUUGGCAACUUUUUCCGCCUUCGAAACAUAAGAUGCCGCUUAGCUUGCCUAAAGAAACCUGAAAGUCUAAUAUCUUGUUCCUCAAACGGAGCGCCCACGACUAUUGUACAGUUCCUCGGCGUUUGGACAGUGAGCUGGAUAUGAGAGGACUUGUGUCCACUCUGAGGGCCUGUGCGAUGCCCAACGUGUACGCCCAGGUCCCUGAUGGGGGUUGGGGCUGGACCGUCGCACUGGCCUUCUUCUUCGUGGAGGUCUUCACCUACGGCAUCAUCAAGAUCUUUGGGAUCUUCCUGCAGGACCUCACGAGUCACUUCGCCGAGACGAACAGCCGAGUGUCAUGGGUCAUUUCCAUCUGCGUUUUCGUGAUGACCUUCACAGCCCCGCUGUCCACAGUGCUGAGUAACCGAUUUGGAUACAGACCUGUCGUCAUGCUGGGCGGCUUCCUCAUCGCCCUCGGCACCUUCGCCACGGCCUUCACCUACUCUGUCACGCAGAUGUAUGUCACCGUGGGCCUCGUCUCAGGCCUGGGCUACUGCCUCACCUUUCUACCCACAGUCACCGUCCUCUCACAGUACUUCAGCAAACGGCGCUCCCUUGUUACGGCGGUGGCCUCAACCGGAGAGUGCUUCUCCCUCUUGGUUCUGGCUCCAGCCUUCAGCAGCCUGAAAGAUCAGGUGGGCUGGCGGAGGUGCCUGAUGGUCAUUGCCCUGCUGCAGGCCUCCGUCAUCGUGUGCGGAGCCCUGCUCAAACCCAUCAUCAUCCAGCCCAGGUCCUCCACAGAGGAGAAGCAGGAGAUGCAGAGUCCUCAGCUGGCCCUCAGACAAGGCCAGAGCAAAUAUGAGCUGGAGAACGAAUUCACGUGCACCUCCAUCGACUCCGUGGACUCGGGCGUGCAGACAGACUUGGCAGAGGGCCCAGCCCAGACCGCGCAUCCGGAGCUGGAGGGAGGAGAGAGUGUGGGGGGGGAUGGGGGAGAGGUUUCCGCCCUGCCCUCCACCCCUCUCAGACAGCCUCCACAGCGGGCGGAGGAGCCGGAGGAGCCGUCUCCGCCUCGCCGGGGCCUGCUCGACGUCUCCGUGCUCAAGGACGGCGGCUUCAUUUGCUAUUCGCUUUUUGGACUCUUCGCCACACUGGCCUUCUUUGCCCCACAGCUCUACAUCAUCGAGCUCAGCGUCGGCUGCGGCAUGGAGCGCGAGAGUGCCACCUACAUGCUGUCCACCAUGGCCGUGGCCGAGAUCCUGGGCCGCCUUUCCAUCGGCUGGGUCCUGAAUCGUGGGCUAGUCCGUAAGCUAUACAUCCUGCUCGUGUGCACAGCCCUGCUCAGCCUCGUGCUCGUCUUCUUCCCCUUCGUCACCGAGUUCUGGGGCUUGGCGUCCUGCUGCGCUGCCUACGGCUUUCUGCUGGGCACCGUAGCCUCCACCCACAUCCCCAUGCUGGCUGAGGACGAUGUGGUAGGCAUCGAGAAGAUGCCCACGGCCGCAGGAGUCUACGUCUUCAUCCAGAGCUUUGCCGGGCUGGCCGGUCCACCCCUAGGAGGUGUGCUGGUUGACAUCACGCACAACUACGGCUCAGCGUUCUACUCCAGCGCGGCUGGGGCGGGGCUUGGGGCUCUGGUCCUGGGACUCGUGCGCCCGGCCAAGGCCAGACUCAGACGCUACCAGGAGAAAAGUGUGGCGGAGCAGGAACGAGAGCAGGACACAGACGACAGCGACAGCGUGCCAGCUGACUUCUUGGAAGUGGACAUGGUUGACGAGAGUCGGCCCGAUUUAGCCGUCUGAGAACUUCCAGCACACACAAACACACACGACUUCAAUAAUCCUCCCAAAGAUGGACGUUAUCAAUCCUUUUUUUGAAGCGUCAUUUUCUUACCCCUUUUGAAUUUCAGGUUUUCUUUUUUGGACCAAAUGAAACCUCAGGCCAGUUGACAGUCACAUAAAAAUAGCCAUUUCUACUCGCCUUUAUUUAAAUUACAUUGCUGCAAGUCUUACUUUAAACUGAAAGAGACUUUUAUUAUAUUCUUUCUACUUGUUUACACCAGUGGUAUUUUUGCCUGUUGAUUGUUUAAGCAUUAGUCAUUUCCGGUUAAUGGAAAUCAAGCUUGUUUUUUACAUCACAGCAUAGAUGGUAAGAACUUUAAAGAACUCUGAUUUCAGUGAUGCUAUGACAAUUUAACCUCUCCCCUGGCUUUGGUACACUAUCUGCAAAACAUGCUCCAUCUGAAUCGGAGGAGAUGACGAAGACCCACGGAUGGAUCGUCAGCUGCACGUCUUCCAUGUUGCAUACCUUUGUACAAAUCUCGUUGGAUGAAUAAGAAGAAAGAGUGUGGGUUGUUUUUUUAUUGUCAUACCCCCGCUGAUGAAUGCAUGUCUUAACUCUUGCAUGGAGAAGCUUCUGAAGACCUCAACAGAUCAGCCACACAAAGAUUUGUCAUUCAGAGUGAAUGAGUUAGAAAUACUUCAGUGUCACUGAGUUUUUUUUUUAAAUUUUUUUUAACUUUAUAAUUUUUAUGUAAUUCACUAGUAAACUUGAAUCUAGGUGAUAUUUAUGAACAAUGAACAACAAUGUAAGUGAACACGGCAGUUAAUUUGGACUGCAGUGUUUGAGGCAUGUACAUGAACUUUUGACUUGAAUUCACUCACCUAAUGACUUGAACAGCUUUGAUGGUUCAGCAGCCACAUUAUUGCACUUAUGUUUUAAUAUUCUAUCAUUUUAACAAAAUAAAUGAAUUCAUUUAAGUGGAAAAUUAUGCACUGAAACGCCAA